GGUUUAUGUGAUCCAAGAAUAGAUCUCAACGUACCUGAGGUGAGGAGAGCAGGACAACCUCAAAAUUCAUUAUCCCGAUUCAUUUUGCAGAACGUGACCCCUAUUUUCAAUCAACCAAGUUUUCAUCACGCGCUUCCCGAACGAAACUAAUAUACUGAAAAGAUUCGACAAACCUUUGCAACAGUUCUUUUUGACUACUCUGCUGCUCUUGUAAACCAGACGAAAUGGUCAUCUCGGUAUCCCAGAUAGAAGCAGCGUUGUUGGUGUUAUCUAUUCCGUUUACUUACUUUUUCAUCGCCUCUGUAUUAGAGAAACGACAAAACCACAGCACUUUUCUCAAAGUAUUCCCGGAAGUCGGCUUUCGUGAUGAGUGGUUCCACGGCGUGCGAGCGACAUUCCGGUCCCUAUUCAAGACAGCAGAAUGGGCUUCAGAGGGCUACUCUAAGUUCACUAAGCAUGAUUCUCCAUAUCUAAUUCCAACUAUGGAUAGAGGGACAGUGAUUAUCCUCCCGACAGAACAGAUGAAAACGCUAGGCAGACUACCAGAGGACCAACUGGACAUCUUCGGCACCCUUCAGGAACAGAUACAGGCAAGAUACACCGUUCGCGACCAAAGAGUCAUUCUUGACCCUUACCACCGGUACCUCAUCCCGAGCCAGCUUACGCGAGAUCUAGAUGCGCUUACGGGGCCGAUGUACCUUGCAAGCUUAGAAGGCCAGUCGGUCGCGCUCUUUGGCGGUUCAAUGCUCAUCAGCAUUACACCAACGUUAUUCAGACCCGUCACCGGGUACCUGGUUAAGCUUUGGUGUUGGUACCAUGCUAGAAAAAUCGCUAAGAUUUGCGGUCCGUAUAUCGAAGCAAGAAUCAGGGAGACGACGCAAGAAAAGAUUAGGGUCGCUGGUAGCAGAAAACCCGUGAAAGACGCGCUCCAGCUGAUUAUUGAUGAAGCUAUCUCCCGCGAUGAUGACACACAAUUAUCGACGAGCCUCAUUUCUGAUCGGCUUCUUAUAACCAAUAACCUAUCCUUACAUAGCACGACCUUGACGUUACAUAACUUCAUAAUGAGCCUUAUUACUUCCGACCCAUCUCUAGGGUAUAUUGAGGCAUUGCGAGAGGAGUGUGACAAGGCGUUGAGCGAUGUUGGUGGGACGUGGAACCUAGAAGCGAUUCGAAAGCUUAGACUUGUUGAUUCUGCAAUUCGAGAGUCCAUGAGAUUGAUACCUUUUGCUUCUGUAGCUAUGGCUCGGACAGUGGUCGACCCGAAGGGCAUAUCCCUUAAGCACGGCCAAUCCAGCGUUCCAGUUCCUCAAGGUACGAUCUUGGCCUCGCCGAUAAAAAGCAUUCAUUGCGACGAAGCCAUAUAUCCAGAUGCCCACCGUUUUAAUCCUUUCCGGUUUGUGACCACCGAACUCCAGGACAGUAAGUCAGGCGGCCAGAAGUACGUGACAAGUAAACCUACAGCCACUCCAGAUGAUAAUUUCUUCGGUUUUGGGACUAGCAAGAACCCGUGUCCCGGUCGUUUCCUAGCUGUUCACGAGAUAAAACUCGUCAUAGCAUAUCUGCUAACGAAUUACGAUAUCGAAUACGCCAAAGCAAAACCACAGGGCACGGAUUUAUUGGCGAUGAAGGUGCCGAAGAUGGACGCCAUUAUACGAGUGAAAAGACGUUCUGGUUGAAGGAGGUUUACUUCUAUGCCGCGGCUCAAAAGCACACGAGGGACUUUUUCUUCCAAAAUAAUCAUAAACGUUGACUACCUACCUAAAGGUAGUUGUUAAUAGGAGUAGUGACAUUAAUCAAAUUUUGAUGUUUAUUCUACAAGGCUACCUAAUCAAAGGGGUAGUUCCGUGGUGCACCGCAAGGGAUGAGAACGGACUAUUAGACGAUCCCGAAUUGACAUGUUUUUGGCAAUGCCCUAUCUAUCAAACGCAGCUCAGCCGCCAGGUAGCCCUAAACUAUCUAUGCCGGUUCGGCUCCGUACCUCGCCUGUCAUGCGCGUGUUCUUCGAAAUCUAAAAACGCCGUAGGUGGCUUCUAACAGCUAUGUAUGCCCUGGUCGUUCGUAAACACCGUC